AUGGUGAUAACGCGGCGGCCGGACUCACAAUGGAAGACGAACCCGAUAUCGCCUGGCUCCGCCCGUUUCGGCGGCAGCCCCACCUCUUCCGGUGAGGGCAGCGUCGGCCGCACUCGCAGCAGAGGCGGAAGCGGAGGAGAGGCCGAUUUUCUUGAUGGGAUGAAGCGCGCUUGCGCUGCUGCCAAGCCAACGCUGAAGGUGGCAGUGGAGAAGGCGGAGGCGGCCGAAGGAAAGGAUAAGGCCGCCGUGAUUGUUGACCACAGCGCCGCUAGCAACGUCGAACUUCUGAUUAUAGGCCGCAAGAGGAAUGUGCUCUCCAAAUCAAUUUUAGGGGGUAGAAGAGGUUUAUCGUUCAAAGCAUUGAUGGAGACGGCAGAGUAUGCGAUUUAGAAUAGCAAAUGCACACGUGUCUCGGUUCAAAGGAAAACUAAU